AUGAGUUACUACUUCGCCAUUGUCGGCACUCAGGACAACCCUCUAUUCGAGCAUGAAUUUGGCACCUCUAAACAGGGCGGUGACGGCCAGUCGCGCUUCAGCGAUCAAGUCCGCCACUUGAACCAAUUCAUCCUCCAUUCGAGUCUUGAUAUUGCAGAGGAGGUCCAGUGGUCGCAUGGACAGAUGUAUCUCAAGUGUAUUGACAAGUUCUUCAAUAACUAUAUAUCAUGCUUCGUCACCGCUGGCAACGUCAAAUUUCUCCUACUCCACCAACCCAUCAUCCCGACAGGAACGUCAUCGCGGUCAUCAACUGCCAUCGGGGCUAAUCCCACAAGUCCAGCUACCGAAGAAGCCAUCAAAAUGUUCUUUACGGAAGUUUAUGAGAAUUGGGUCAAGGCUAUCAUGAGUCCUUUCUACCGCGCCAACAUGGAGAUAGCUUCGCGUUCUUAUGAUACCAUGUUUGCAACUUAA